AUGUUGGCUCUCUCCAUAUGGUACUUCAUAAAGUCAACACAUGUAUCAGGAGUAAGAAAUAUUACACACGGUAUAUCGAAGCAUAUACGAUCUAUCGGAUUUCCCGAGAGUAGCAAUACAGGGAUAUUCUUCGCAUUGGGAAUUCCCUUAGAUAUUCCAGACAAAUCUGUCACGGUGUCAUUUUAUUUUGAAGCAAAUUAUGCAUUACCAUCCGAAUGGAAUUCGAGUUAUUUCUACGAGGGUACUUAUUAUGUGAAACGAAGUCUUAGUCGUCAAUUAGUAUACAAAGUGUUUACAAACAAAAUAGACAGAUUAGGCUAUCCUGGAUUGGAUUGUUUGCUAAGAACAAUCUGCGAAGCUGGAAAAUACUCCUUAAACGAAAAUGGCGUACUUGGUGACAUUCUUCAAAUUAUUUUCACACCCUCUAUGUCGAUGAGUGAAGAUCUUCCGGAUGAAAUUAUCGAAGCCGAACGUGAGCAGCACUGUAAUCAGCGCUACAAAAAAUGUCCUGUGAACCUUUUAGAUCUAGUAAGCUAUUAUAUCAACUAA